CCUGCGUAGUGCCCUACAUGAGGAUGAAUGUUCCGUGCGCUGCAGCGACGUGAUCAGUGCGCAGGUGUUUCUCAGAGGGAAGUGCGGGCUUUCUCCGGUUUCUGACUCCUAUCUCUUGUUAUUUGUUUGUGAUGCGUGAAUAACGCGCGGAGGUCUCCAUGUUCCCCGGGGUUUUACACGCCCUGCUGGCGGGGUUCCUCGGCGCAGUGGCCUCAUCCUCCGCCAAACUGUCUCUCGGUACGGAUUAUCUGAAAGGCGUGUGUGAGACGGGACUGAGGACGUGGGGAGAACAGAGGACAUUCAGACACGCAGAUGAGACAACCGCGUGUGAGUGGCUGCACAUUCCUCUCCGUCUGCUCUGCGGUGGGCUGCUCUUCACCUGUAAUGCUGUGAUGUGGACGUUCCUGUCGAAGGCUCUCAGGUACUCUUCAUCCUCUGCCAGAACCACUGUGACCACCACUGCCUCCAACUUCAUCUCCUCGGCACUCCUUGGGCAGCUUAUCUUUGGGGACAGCCUCAUCGCUCUGUGGUGGGUCGGGGUCUCACUCACACUAUCGGGUCUCCUGGUGCUACAACGCUCUUCCUCCACAAACACACACUCUGAGACCUCAAAGAAAGAUGAAUGAGGCCAUGUGAACCGAAGACGCAUGUCAUGAUGAACAACGUUAGCUUUCUGCGAUUUAAAGAGCGGUCACCAAACGUAAUCAAACUAGAUUUGAGUGUUAAAACAGUCCAUCCAAAAAUACUAAUGUGGCUAGCAAAAAAGUGAAGAUGACACCGCAAAAAGUUUAGAAAAGGUCUAGAGUAGAAUAUAUAAACUUGGCUAUGGUUUAGAACAUGUAAAGGAUUUCUUUAGAAACAAACUGCUAAUAGUUCCAUUAAUUGCUCUUGACAUAUUUGUGAUGUAAUGAUUUAUAUUUCUCAGUGAAAUUCCUGAUACUGCUACAACUCAUGAUUUUUUUUGCAUGUAUUCUACCUGCUAGUUUGUCACAUGGAUGCCGUGGCUAGUUAUUGUAACGAGGGUGAACUCUACUAUAGCCAUGAGCUAUUAAUUGGUUAUGUAAAUUGUAACCGUAUUUAACACAGGCGGUGUUCUAUAAUAUAACCGCUGUAAUAUAGUCCAGAAACGUCUGCCUCUGUAGGGUCUUUAGGACACGUUUAAAGGAGCAUUGUACUUGGAGAACGUUAGACCAUAAUCCUGUUGAAUGAAUGAAUCCGGCCAUUUUGAGUUCUCUCAGCCUUUGUGAAUAAGAAGCAAGGAAGAUCCCUGGCUUGUGGACCCUGGGAUCAUUUUGGUGGAUGGGACAGUACAGGAAUAUGUCCUGACAUGGGACGUGUCAACAACCACAUAUCCUUCCAGAUUUUUUUAUUAACCAUUAUAAACACCUCAUAGUGAUUAUAAACACCUCACAGGGACCUUAUGAUGUCAUGACAGGAGCUUGUGGGAGUACUCGCUUGUGUGGGUCAUACCAAAGACUUAAAUGCUGAACCUCCUGGUGUUUCUUGAGAAAAUCAAGAAAGAGAAGAUAGAGUUGAGUGAAUAACACAACGUUCUUGCUAGCAGUUCACUUGUGGGCUUAGCUUGCUCUGUGUUUUUAUAAGUUAGUUAUUUUCAGUUCUGAAUUGAAACAUCAGUAGAUUUAGUGUAGAGCUUCUAAAGCUAAACACCAAGCUAACCAUAAGCUAGUUAAAGAUUAAUUAAUCUUCAAACUGUACUAACUGUACUUCUGGUGAGUAUCAGAAGCUCCAAUAAUCUCUACUGCAUUCGUUCCUGUUUUAUUUUGUCUAAAUGUUUAUAAAUGCACUUAAUGACAGUUUGUAUAUGACAGGAUGUGGAAUCAAGAGAGGAACUAAAGUAGUGAGCGGGGAACAGGAUUGGCCAGAGCAGUCAGUUGAGCAGUUGUUUGGAUUUGUUGUGUCUUCGCAGUGUCGUAGUUAAUAAGAACAGAAUUGAGUGAAUUGAUUUAAAUAUCGCCAUGUUGCUGGAAUCACAGCUCUCUGUCAUGCACAGAAUUUUUCGUAAUUUGAGAAGAAUUGAUGCUGCUGACAUCAUCAUAGCUGUCAGUUUGUUUUAAAGGGAAAUUAUCACACUUUAAUUAGAAAUCAAUGAAACAGUACACAGUUUAUUAAGCGAUGGGUUUAUUGUAAACAGAAUAUGUAAAAACUAUUUAGAUAUUUAAUCACUGCAGUUUGGAUCUUGACGUGACGGAAUCACGAAUCAUUUCCCUUUUCAGUCACCCCUCCCCCAAUGCAGAAUCAUCACCCAAGUACUUUUAAUGUCCUUGAAUUUAUUACAUCAUUUUCUCCACCUGCGUAUACAAGUUAUCAUCAUGCUGAGAUCCAUCACACCUCCACUGUUCCUCUGCCCUCAUCCAUAUUAGCAAAUUGUGACCUAGAAAAAGGUCUAGAGAAAUUAAAUGCCUUUUUUCAGCUGUAUAAUAAUAGAGCAGUGCAGCAUGUGAUGAAGACUUGUGUGUCUCAUCAUCUCCUCCACAGACACAUCACUGUGAUCAGCAAGCAGCAAUGAUGCAAUAACAACUAGCACAACACCAAGCUUAAUCUCUGAACAAAGCUGUUUCAUGUGUUCUUUCUGUCACUGAUAUCUGACGUGUUUCGUAUAUAAACAGAAAAUCCUGAAGUGUUUUCAGGAACCUAGUGAUGGAGUGCAGUUUGUAACUAAACAGCCAAAUCCAGAACUUCCACAACCUUCUCCAUUUAUAUACAGUUUAAUAUAGAAUUGUAGAAAAUGCAAUAUAAAUGUAACAUGAAAUUGUCAAUGCUAACAGCAAACGAAAGCUAGCAAGACAGAAGCACGUGUAUUGCUAACUCACUAGUGACAAAACGUGAAGAAUGCUUCACAAUUGCCCAUUACCAGGAUUCACGUAGUCAAAUAGUGAAAAUUGCCAACGCUAGUUGCUAGUGCAAACCGCUGACAAGUCGGCAAGUCGUGAACAUGCUAACUGCUCAGAUUCUACCUACAAGCUCCUUUAAGUGCUGAAUGCAGAGUUUGUAAAACUCCAGAAAAAACUGCUAAUGCAAUUAUUAAUGAACUGAAAAUAAUAAGGCUAGAUAGUAAUGAUCACGCUAAUUCCCAGGAUUAGCAUUUAUUAAACUUUUUUUAAGCUAACUCAUGCUUUAAUGGAUGUAUAGUAACAUUAAAAAAUAUUAAAUUACCUGUGUAUUACUAAAGAAUAACGAGUAGAAACUAGCCGUAAUUACACAUUCCACAGAAUAACAAUGGAGUUGAAAAGGAGGAAGAAAACAAACAGGAAGUAUUAGCAUCUUAGCAUCUUAGUUUCCUUCUGGUCAACCAUCUCCUUUAAUAGUUGCAGGUGUGGAAGAUGAUGACUGAUGAGAAAAAACAUUAAUUCAAUAAGGUGAACAUAUAACUUAUCCUACAUUCAAAAGGAUCCAGUCAAAUUGCUAACAGCUUAGCAACAAAUUUGUUUAGCCUUUGCUGGGUAAUUUCUACAUGCUAGUUUUCAUGUUAGCAUUGCUGCUAUUGUCGUAAUGGUUAAGGGAAUGAAUGUCAGCGUUGUGUGUCUUUGCAGCAAAUUGCCAACACUGAACUUUGCUAACCGCUAGAUUAGCUAGUUUCAUGGUGUAACUUUUUUUUUUAGCUUUUAAUUUUUUAUCCAUGUAGCAAAACUCAAACACAAUAACACCUGCAUUUACACUCGCUGUGAAUCGCCAGUGCUUCCUACAUCCAGUUGAUUCUCAGUGGAUAAUAAAAGGGCGGCGACGGACCGACUGGGACGUUUAUGCUGGAUGCCUUUUUUUUUCUUAUCCAAAUCCAAAGUCUUGUGUACUUUUAUUAUUACAUGCAAGUCCCUGGCGAUGUGAGUUAUUUAUAUGAACAUCACUUCAAUCUGAGAUGCUGAUGUUUAUUUGUUGUACAGAUGUUAUUGCAGUAAUUUACCAUUGGAAAAGAUUUGUCAAAUCGUUACAUGGCUACUUGUACUGCAUUAUCUUUAUGUUAAUGUUAUAAAACCUAUAUAAUGUGUGUAGAAUAGCGAAGAAUCCCAAUGUAGGAAUGAGCAUAUAGCAUGAGAUUUAUUCAUAUUUAUCCGGUGACUUGACACAGCAUUUAAUGUGCCUGUUUUUUUUUUUUAUCCUGAUGUUUCAUGUGCUGCUUAUACAAUAUAUCACAAUUUAUCAACAUGUAUGCAAUCGUCGUAAAUGUUAAACAACUUAGAACAUGACAACCUUUGGAUGCAGACCCACAAUAUUCAAUUCAUCAAAAGUAUUAGAACAGAUUAUCACAGAGGAAAUAACACCGUGAAGCUGGUGACCAACUGAUGUUAUCUGAUGUAAUCUUCUUCAGUGAAGCUUCUUCUUUCAGUUAUUGUGUUUCAGUGGAUUUCUCCUCUUCAGGAGGUGAAAUAUUACUCAGUUCAGCGUUCAGGUCUGUUGAUUGACUUGUCCAGUCUAAAACCUUUCACUUUGCCCUGUGUUGAGAGUCUGUGUGUUUUGGAUCGUUGUCUAGCUGCACGAUGAAGUUCCUCCGGAUUUGAUUGGAUGCAUUUCUGUGUAAAAUAUCACAGGAGGUUUCCUCCCCCGGUCCAAAGACAUGCAUGGUAGGUUGAUUGGCAUCUCUGGAAAAUUGUCCAAAGUGUGUGUGUGUGUGUGUGAAUGAGUGUGUGUGUGCC